CAGCGUGUCUUAUGCUAGUUAGUUUGUUUUUCUUGUUCUUGUUCUUCUCUGUGACUGAUCUGUCGACAUGGGACUGAGUCACAUGACCCAGGUGUCAGGACGGAUCUCAUAAGUACCAUGGGAGGGUUGGUAUCGUUAUAAAAACAGGUCUGCCCUUAUGGAAAUGAGCUCAUGAUCUGAUCUGUUUCCGUCGUUCUCAGGUAAAUUGUAUUUGUCUUAAAGAGCGUGUGAACUGAAGGAUUUAUUGUGACUCUGUUUAACUGUUUGAGACUUUUUAUGUCUUCAGUUUUAUUCUAAAAUGUCAUUUGUAAAUGAGUCUCUGACUAAUGUGACAGCUGGACAGCAGUAUCACAGCCUGGUUGGCAUUGUGUUGUCUUCUGCUCUGACUACUCUGACUUGUUGUGUCUUUCUGUUCAUUAAUGGGACUCUGUUGUACACACUGAGGAGUAAAUCAGUGUUUAGAGAGACGUCUCGAUACCUCCUGCUCUAUAACCUCCUCUUUGCAGACACCGUUUUACUGGCAGAGAGUCAGGUUCUCUUCUUAUUUUCCGCUGGUAGAGUGAUGCUCUCGUAUCCUGUUUGUGGCAUUCUGGCUUUUCUUUCUAAUCUGACGUUUGUGAUCUCUCCUCUGACUCUGGUGGUGAUGUCUCUGGAGAGGUAUGUAGCCGUGUGCUACCCACUCAGACACUCUUCCAUCAUCACGGUCAGAAACACAGGGCUGGCUAUCGUCCUAGUCUGGGCCUUCGGUUCACUAAAUGUACUUGCUCACAUUUCAUUGCUGUUACAGUUUCCCUUUGCAGACCUGGAGAGUCUGCAGAUGAAAGACCACUGCACCAUCUCUGCUAUGAUGCUCACUCAAAUAUCUUAUCAUUUCGAAGAAGCUUUUACUUGUUUUCUGUUUGCUGUAGCCGGUGUGACAGUCAUUUCCUCUUAUGUUGGUGUUAUAGUAGCAGCCAGGUCGGCCUCCACAGACAAAGCUUCAGCUCAUAAAGCUCGUAACACAAUGACGCUGCAUCUAGUCCAGCUGGGACUCAGUCUGUUGUCAACUGUGCACAACCCAAUACUCGCCACUCUGUCACAAAUUAUGUCCAGGGUCGAACUUUUGCGCAUUCAAAUUUUUAUUUAUGUGUGUACAGUCUUGCUCCCCAGAUGUCUGAGUGCUCUCAUUUACGGCCUCAGAGACCAGACCAUCAGACCCGUCCUCAUGCACCAUCUCUGCUGUCGACUCAACCACACGCAUUAGAUUCUUCACAGUAGUUGACAUGAAACUUAACAGAUUCCUGGAGUCAUGAAAGUAGAGAACCAACCAAACACAUGAAACAGAAAUAUUCGACAAGUGUGUUUAUUUAUUCGGGAAAAUGAGUCAGUGCUA